AUGACAGAACUUAUACUACAAACAGAUUCCGGCUAUCUGCUUGUCGUCGACGCCAAUGACGCUCGGGAAUCCCUUACCCUUCGCCACACCCUCGAAGACUCCGCUUAUUCUGGCGAGGUUUUUGUUAUUCCAUCGUCCACAGACGAUGCCUUGCGUGAGGCAUUCCGCUAUAUACGGCAUCAUCGCGGACAUAACUGUUCUCCCGUGAAUCCCGGAGAUCCCUACUGCCCAUUCGACCAAGCUUUCAUCGAGCGGUCCACCCAGCAAGUAUUAGAGUUGCUCGAGGUGGCCGAUUUCUUGAACAUUGUCCCGUUACUAGAUUUAAUUGGAUUUAAACUCGCCAGUAUCGCUGUGUCUGUACCUAUGACGGACUUUGUGAAGUUUUUCAACCUCGCCUCUCAUGAUGAUCCCGAGCAAAUGUAUAUCAGGGUUGAAACUGGUGGAUUUAAGCUUUUGCACGAUUGA